AUGAAAUUCAUCACUGGAAAUGUUGUUAAACAACAUGUUUGGCAAAUCGAAUUCGAUGCCAUCACCAUACGAAACAAUUAUUAUCUUUCUCAUCUGCAACCAUCGUUGUUCGAUUCAUCCGCCACCAUCAAUUCACUGACACUGGAUUCGAAUCCAAACUUGUUUGCCAACGAUAAAUCGGUGGUCAACGUGUUCACGAUCAUUGCCAAUCUGAUUCAUUUGGAAGCAUUGGCCAUCAACAAUUGGGCCUGCCAUUCAUUUGCGAGCAAUGCGUUGGCUUCAUUGUCGAAACUAGUGCGUCUGGAUCUGCACAACAAUCAACUCAAACAAAUCGACCCGAACACAUUCAGUCGACUUUUUUCGCUUCAAAUACUUGAUCUGAGCCAGAACAUGAUCAACAAUUUGCUGCCAAAUUCGCUCAAUUUAUCGUCAAGCCAACCUUGCUAUGAUUCGUAUCGUCGUCAGGACAUUCACUAUUUCAUUGAUCUCAGUCAUAACAACCUGUCAGUGGAAUCAUUCGCACCAGACACAUUCAAUUUGAGUUGCUCGGCCAAACUACAGUUGACCAACAAUUCCAUUGAAUUGCUCGACGAGAACGUAUUCCGUCCAUUGUUUCGUUAUUACACAAUCAUCCAGCUGUACAAUAACCCAAUAGAAUGUCUACACUGCAAUCAAUCAUGGUUGAUGAAAGGACGUCAUUGUUUGAUCACAACAACAACACGACCACCCGAUAUUACAUGGUCAUUGAUUUUGCAUUAUGCCAAACAAAUGGAUCAUCUUGAAGUUGAACCAAAAAGUUCAUCGUUGUUCGUUGUCAACAAGUAUCUGGACUCGUAUCCAGCCGAUUUUCGCGAACACGAUUCUCAAUUGCUUCGUUGUCAAUCGGAUUUUACUCAAUCACCCAUAAAACGACCAACAGAUCAACGUUACCCGUGUAUUGGUCAUUAUUUUCGCUGCAGCCAUAAUCAUAAUGAUUGUCAUUGUUUACUUGUUGAAUCGUCAAUGUAA